AUGUUGAUAAUAUUUUGUAACUCUUUUAGUAGUCUUAUUCUUGAUGUUUGGAGUCGCAAUGAUGAUGUGAUUGCAUAUGAGAUAUUAAGUAGACUCACUGUUAAGGAGCUCAUGCGAUUCAAGUGCGUAUCUAAACGUUGGCAAUGGUUAAUUGAGAACGAUCCAUACUUCAUUAAGUUACACCUUACCCAAUCAAAGAAACGUCCAAUUUUCCUUUAUGUCAUUCCACUUUCAAACUACUGGAAAGCCCAAAAAGAAGACAGAUAUAGAGGAUAUGAUGAACUUCUCUUAACCACAGACUUAUCAGACCAAGGUAGAGCAGAAAACACAGUACAAAUUUAUACCAUCAGAAAGACGGAUAUGUUUUGCUGCGAUCAUUUUUUGGCAUCCUUAAACGGUCUAAUUUGUUUCAUUGAUCGGUACGAGCAUGCUGUUUGCAUAUAUAAUGUAAGUACCAGACAAGUCACUCCAUGGAUCAAAUCAACAUUAUUGAUAGAAGAACAAGAAAAACAUCCAGGUCUUGAUGUAUACGUCAUAAGGGAAUGUAGCUUUGGAUUUGAUCCUUCCACUAUGGAGCACAAAGUUAUAUGUAUAUCGUCCAUCUCUGUGGAGGAAUAUCAUGAUGAUAGCGAUGGCGUUGGUGAUGAUGAUUAUGAGGUUUGGGAAGUUUGUGAAGUCCUGACUGUUGGAGAGAAUACCUGGAGAAGGAUAGAUCAUGUCCCACCUUCGUAUGGAUACCAGGCAUGUGCAUGUGUAAAUGGUUCUAUAUAUUGGAUGACCAGACAUUUAACUUUUGGAGAUUGGCGCAAGGAUAAGGAUCUUGAACAUAUAGUGGCAUUUGAAAUUAGAAGUGAAAAGUUUAGAACGAUUUCACUUCCAAAUUGCAUUGUUGACAAGCCUUUGAAUCCGAAUCGUUAUUGCCAUCUUGAUCAGUUAUUUGCAUUAGAGGUGGAUGGGCGUGUAGCCUUCUUGCUCAGAUUAAACCCACAGUUUGUCCAGAUAAGAAUUUUUAAUGAAGAAAGUUCUUUAUGUAACAAGGAAAUAGGCAACAAGAUAACCAUUAGUACCGGGGAGAAAAUUGGACUGAAGAAACCAUUAAAUUACCUUUCAACUGGGAUAGAUUUGGCCAACAUGUUGAGUUUUACGGUGUUGCUGGAACAGAUCGUAUAA